GUGAGCGGUGGGGGAGGGUCACGUGUGUACACAGUGUAGAGUUCAGCAGCAGUGGAAGGGCUGAUCUGUAGUAAAGCCUGUUCUCCUACUGCAGCGGAGCUCCCUGCCUCUCCUCCCCGCUCUCUACCUCUCUACUCCCGGGCUUCACUCCGCCGCCCUCCGCCGCCCCGGACCCGGAGCCCGCGCUGCCCCGCGCCGCUGGGGGAUAAUAUCGGAGCGCCGCUUGGGGGAGAAAUGUCAGUGGAAAUACAGCAGAACCUGAUGCCUCCGUAGAUCCGAGCCGCUGCCAGAAACCUCGCUCCUCUGCUGAUUCCCUGAGCCGGAGCUGACCGGAGGAGGCCUGAGCGAUGUGGAGCUGCAUGGGCUACAACGACACGGCGGGCGGCACCAACCUGGCGCUGUGCCAGGACCUGGGCCUGGUCCUGUCCAUCCUGUCCCUGUUUUACCUCUUCGUCUGCUUCCCGGUGGGCCUGUGCUACAAUGCCCUGCUGGUGGUGGUCAACCUGUCCAACAAGGUCUCCAUGACCAUGCCGGACGUCUACUUUGUGAACAUGGCCAUCGCCGGGCUGGUGCUGAACCUGGUGGCCCCGGUGGAGCUGCUGGGGCCGGACUUCACGCGCUGGCCGGCGUGGCGCUACAACGACGAGGUCUACAUCACCCUGCUUAUCCUCUUCAACGUGUCCUCGCUGGUGAUCAUGUACUCCACCACCCUGCUGAGCCUGGACUACUACAUCGAGCGGGCGCUGCCGCGCACCUACAUGUCCAGCGUCUACAACACCAAGCACGUGUGCGGCUUCAUCUGGGGCGGCGCCGUGCUCACCAGCUUCUCCUCGCUGCUGUUCUACGUGUGCAACCACGUGUCCACCAAGAUCAUCGAGUGCUCCGAGAUGCAGAACAAGGGGGCGGCCGACGCCAUCAUGAUGUUCAUCGGGUACGUGGUGCCGGCCGUCGCCGUGCUCUACGCCUUCGCGCUCAUCCUGCGCAUCCGCAAGGAGGCCACGCCGCUGGACCAGGACUCGGGCAGGCUGGACCCUUGCAUCCACCGGCUGCUGCUGGCCUGCGUCUGCGUGCAGUUCGCGCUCUGGACGCCGUACUACGUCACGCUGCUGGUGCUGACGGUGACCGACGUGCCGGGAAAGUGGUACAGCUCGCGGCAGGUCGCCGCCUACAUGUUCCUGCGGGGAGUUUCCCAGCUGCUGGCCUUUUCUAGCAGCUUCGCCAUGCCGCUCAUGUACCGGCAGAUGAACAAGAACUUCUCCCACAAGCUCCAGCGGCUGCUCAAGAGGCUGAACUGCGGCGAGCAGUCCUGCCCUCACGAACGCUCGGCCGUGCAGCAGGUGAUUACGUGAGAUUACCGGGAUUUACCAGGUUGUACCAUGGUUGUACGGAAACUGUUCCCUCUGCUGCCCCUCUUCGGCACUUGCUGUGAAACCCACAGACCCCUGGAAUGUGUCUGGAUGUUGUGAAACUGUGGAAGCCUCUGGUAAAACGGUCAGUGUGACUCUUUAAACCAGGUUUUGAACCAGUCACCUCUUUAACCAGGUGACCGACGGUUGGACCGUCUGUGGUCGUCUGUUGCCAUCUGACAUCGUCUGUCAUCGCCGUCUGUCGUCUGUCGCUACGGAAAACAAGAAAACAAGGAUGACCAAGAAGCAAACCACUAAGUGCUCUAAGUGCUCUGAGUUUUUGCGUGAGCUAAAAGUCGCUAGCUAAAUUCUAGAAUUCUGGAAAGACGCCAGAAGGAAAAAAAAUCUCGUAACUAUUUCAGCUGCCCAUGUUCUUUUUACAAGGGAAACUUGAAGAUACUGAUGGAUCUAAUGUAUCUAAUGAAACAUGGUAGCAGUAGGCCUGUCACGAUAAUUCAGUUUAAAAGAUAUUAAUGUUAAUAUUGAUAUUCGUGUCCAAGAGAUGAUGAUAUUAUUGAAAUUUUAAGACUGUUUUUUUAAUUAAUUUAACUGCCACUUUAUUUUAAUGCCACUGAAAUGAUGAUAAUAUAGACUAAUUAUAAUAAAAAUAACAAUUAUUAUUUCUGUUACUGAUAAAAGCAUGGAUGCAUUUAUUAUCUAUUAGUUUAAAUCUGCAUGCAGCAAGAAAUUACUUUACCACCUCACAAGUUCAAACCAGAAGCAUUGUUACAAUUUUGCAUUCAAAUAUUCCAAGUUUAUUCAUUUAUGUUACAUAAAUUGAAUUCCAAUAAUCCAAAUUCCAACACUCAAAAUGUACAAAUUAUACAGAUUUAUGUUUUUCCGCAACACAUUUUACCACCUCAGAAGUUCAAAACCUCAAAUGUAUGAGUUGUUCAUUGAUUCAAAUGCUUAUUACUAGGGCUGCACGAUAUUGGAAAAUAUUGGAAAAAAAAUUACAUCGCAAAUGUAUUUUUUUCGAAGAUAUAUAUCUCGAUAUUAAACAAUAUCACAGGGCCGAUGACGUCAUCAGCCCCGCCCCCAACCGCGCACUGUCUCGCAUCCGGACCAAUCAAGAGCUGAGUCUGAGUCAGCGCCGAGCUCAACUCAAAACCCGAGGAAAAUAGCAAAACAACAGUAAUCGGCCCUUUAAUCAGGCAUUUAAAUGGCUUUUUAAAAGGUAAAUAAGAGCGUUUUCAGUUGUUCUGGGAUUAAAAGCGUAAAUUCAGCUUUUAAUGUGGAGUCCAUGUGGUUACCCCUUGUGCUUCUCAGGCAGCAGAAGCGUGUCACUCACACAGACACAGAGACAGCGCUGUGUAUCUAGUUCUUGUGUCAAGAAUCAAAACAUUGACAAUGCUUAAAUAUAUCGAUAUAUCGUGCAGGCCUAUUAAUUACUGUUUUUAAUCUCUAAAGAAUACUAUUAUCACAAUGUAAUUUAUUUGUACAAUUUCCAAAAUGCCAUGGUUCAACCUUAUUGGAUGAAAUUGAGGUCAGCAAAAAUAAUUGAGAUCAAAAUAAUGACAAUGUAUUGUCUGUUUAUCAAUAGUGUGAUUAUCAUGACUGGCCUACAUGGUUGCAGUAGACGGUUACUGAUAUAUAACAGUUAUUACACAGUUAUAACACAGUUAUAACAGCAUUCUAAUGUUUUACCAAUGUUACUGACCAACCCAAACAUCAUACAGCUCAUCGUUAGCUUGAGUGCUCUAGUUUCGACCCCAGGCGUUGGCACGGUGCCAGCCUAAAUACCUGAGAUUAACAUGCGCCAGCGGGCAUUACUGGAGAAUGCGCUAUCAGUGUAGAAAACACCCUGAGAUAUCUCACUCAGACUGAUAACAGUGUGUGUGUGUAGGGGUGUGUUCUGCUAUUCUGUUAUGGCAGGCUGAACUACACUCGCUCCACUGCUGAGAUAUAUAUUAUAUAUAUAUAUUAUAUAUAUUAUAUAGAUGUAUUACAUACACACACAGAGUGAUCUAUUUUAAGCCUUUUUUUCUUUUAUUGUUGAUGAUUAUGGCUUCCAGCCAAUGAAAACCCAAAAAUCAGUGUCUCAGAAAAUUAUAGAAUAUUAUAUAAGAACAAUUGGUACUUUUGUACAGCAGUGUGGGCAGUGUGCCAAGUCCUGCUGGAAAAUGAAAUCCGCAUCUCCAUAAAUGUUUUCAGCAGAGGGAAACUUAAAGUGUAUAAAUACAGCUCUGGAAAAAAUGAAGAGUCCACUUCAGUUUCUGAAUCAGUUUCUCUGAUUUUGCUAUUUAUAGGUUUAUGUUUGAGUAAAAUGAACAUUGUUGUUUUAUUCUAUAAACUACAAACAACAUUUGUCUUCAUAUUCAUAAAGUUUUAAGAGUUCAGAAAUCAAUAUUUGGUAGAAUAACCCUGUUUUUUAAUCACAGUUUUUAAUCAUGCAUCUUGGCAUCAUGUUCUCCUCCACCAGUCUUACACACUGCUUUUGGAUAACUUUAUGCUGCUUUACUCCUGGUGCAAAAAUUCAAGCAGUUCAGUUUGGUGGUUUGAUGGCUUGUGAUCAUCCAUCUUCCUCUUGAUUAUAUUCCAGAGGUUUUUAAUUUGGUAAAAUCAAAGAAACUCAUCAUUUUUAAGUGGUCUUCUUUGUUUUCUAGAGCUGUAUAUACACUACAUACUAUAUGGAUAAAACUCUUGCGACAUGUUAAUUUAAAGAUUUUAUCCUGCUUUUCUUGGUGAAACUGUCUGAACUGUUUAAGAAAAGCUUUCUACUCAAAUUUGGAGAAUUUGAUUGCAUUCAGAAACAUUAUUUAAUCACCACAAAGACCUUAUAGCUGGCUGCUGCGCUUGCGCAGAUCUCCUUAUUGAUGGGGAAACUUCAGCUCUAAUGUGUAGCAUCUUCCACGCCUCAGCUCGCAGUGCAAGCAGCAAGCUGAUUGGCUCUUUUUGUUGAGCAUUUGUACAUAGAGAGUAUAUACAAGAGUAUAGUGUAUACAGAUAAAAAGAUUUAUGAUCUCGAGACUUUAGCUAAUCAAGCUAAUAGGGGUGGGAAUCGAUUACUAUCUCACGAUUCGAUUCGAUUCCGAUUUUGGGGGCCACGAUUCGAUUCAAAAUCGAUUUUUGAUUCAAAACGAUUUGAAUUAUAAAUAUUUCUGCUUCUGGCUUAUGAAUCGUAUUGAAAAAAAACCCUCCAUAAUAUACACUGGUCCUGGAGCAAGUAAUGUGUUACAAAAACAAUAAAAUGUGCAGGAAUGUGGGUCCUCAGUGACAGAGGAAUCACUGGGAUAUCACAAUGACGUUAAUGAACAAUAAAUACAUAAAUAAAUAACACUGCUUUAUUACCAGGCUACUAGCGGUGGUGUGUAGGUGACGCUGCUGGGCUGAUGUGAUGAUAGCAGUGGAGCGCUAAAGUUCAGGAGCAGCUGCUGAUUAACUAGUUAAUUUAAGGUGGUUGUAUUUAAAUUAAUUCAUAUUGUCCAUUCCUUAAUUCCUCUGUGAUGAGGAGCUGAAAUUAGCUCUGAUUAGCUUAUUGUUAUUUUUCCGUUCCGCCUUAAAUGCUGCAGCCCGCUGCCACCUGUAGCGUUAUUUAAGGUGGAACUGGAAAGUUAGCUAGUUAGCUAGCUAACAGUUACUGAAACUAACUACUAGCGAUCUUUUUUAUGCUUGUUAUGAAGCAUUCUGCCAUAAAACAUUGAAACUACACGUUAAUCUAAUGUAAUAUAGUGCUUGUUCUGCCAUCUUACCGGUGAUUCUCAAACACCUACGCUCUGUGUGUGUCUGGAAGAUCUCCAAAGGGACAAGCGCUAUCCCCAGGGUUGCCAGGUCCAACAAAAAUACCCAGCCCAAAAUCAGUCUAAAACCCGCCCCUCAGAAUCGAUUUUGGGACAUUUUAAAUCGAUUCUGAAUCGUAGUAAAUGAGAAUCAAGAUUCUUAUGUGAAUCGAUUUUUUGGCACACCUCUACAAGCUAAGCUAUGGUGUAAAAUGAAUGGUAUAAAAUAGCUGGAAGCAGAUAUUUAAUAAUAGCAGCUACAUAAGUGUAGGCCUGUCAUAAUAAUUACUACAAUAUACUAUUCAUGAAAUAAUAUAUGAUAAUAAGCAAUACACUAUGUUAUUAUUGUGAUUUUAAGACUAUAUUUAAUUUUAUGCCACUGAUAUAAUGGUA